CAGAUCCCCCAAAUCCAAAGAAAGAAGCAGCAGCAGAAGAGGCAAACAAAAGCAUUCUUGGCUUUGAGUUUCAAGACAAGAAGAGAGAGAGGGAGCGAGAGAGAGAGAGAGAGAGAGAAGAAGAAGAAGAAAAAAAAAGUUCACAAUACGUUGGGGCGAGAUCAUUUACUCGAGAUCCAAAUUGAGGGAGAAAGGCGUGACAGGACGGCGUCAGUUAGCGGCCACACUCGGCUCUAUCACCACCCCGGCUCCGGUGCACCGAGGGACGGAUUGUCGCGCGCGGCGCCGCGUGAAGCAUACACCCACCGGGUAGACAGGAUGAGAGCGACCGGGAGGAUGGCGUGGCUGCUGCUUUCACUCAGCUUCCUAUUCCACAGCGCCUGUUCAAAUGAUACGACUACGGUGAGCAAGAAUCCUACCAUCACGACUGGGGCACCGACUACGCCAACUGUGCCAAAGCUAACUAGUAGUGGCCCAACUGGAGCACCAUCAACUAUUGGUUCUGUUAAGACAACCAUACCUACCCAGCCAUCAACAACAAAACAAAUUCCUGCGGUCUCCACGCCUGCUACCACCACGAUGCCUGCUAUAGACAAGCAAAUCUCCACCCAAUCACAAGCACCCACUGUCACAAACAGCCCACCAGCACAUUCCACUACCAUCUCUGGUGCACCCCCUACAGUGAGUAAUGGUGCCACUACUGCUGCUACUACUACCCUCAGCCAAACAAAGACCACACCCCUAGCUUCAACAGCUGCAACAGCUGGAAAAGAUGCAGCAGUAUCCUCCAACACUGAUGCGCUGCAGACACCUGGCACCACCAAAUUCUCUGGGACUGAAGUGCCUGCCACACAGACUGUCAACGUGGGGACAACCAAGAUUGUGAUUUUGACAAAUGCCCCUACGACUGGGCCACAGUCCAUGACUCACACCGCCAUCCCCACUAGCCAAGGGAGAAAUGGAGGAGCCGAUAACACAGCUGUGACGGGAACAAGCAGUGGGCAGACUGCAUCCGGGGCCACAAAGCCAGCUGUUAACACAGGGACCACCAGCACCCAACCAACCCUGACCCGGGCAGGAUCUCCCGCAGCAAAGACCACCAACACUGGAACCACGUCACCGCAAACCACCACCACCACUACAACCAGCACCACCAGCACCACCAGCACCACAGCAGCUCAGCCAAAGACCUUUUUGUAUUCUCUAAACAGCGGACCCGAGAAAGAGGAGGAGAAAGAGCUGGCGGAGGUGUGCAAGCGGCUGCUGGUGAAUCUGCACGAUGGGAACUGCACCCUGAAAUGGCAGCACCACAACGGCAAAGUACAGUUUGACUAUGUGGAGAUAAAUGGCAAAGUGAGAACCAACAUUGCAGCCCAGUAUUAUGAAGAAAUCACCAAGAAACCAACAGAUAGCAAAACCCUGAUAGCCAUCCUGGCGUCCUGCGGAGCUCUGCUGAUCAUGAUCGUCAUCCUCGCCGUUUGUGCCUCGCACCGCCGCAAGCCAUACAACGAGAACCAGCAGCACCUGACGGAGGAGCUGCACACGGUGGAGAACGGUUACCAUGACAACCCGACGCUGGAGGUGAUGGAGGUGCAGCCGGAGAUGCAGGAGAAGAAGAUGGCGCUGAACGGCGAGUUCAACGACAGCUGGAUCGUCCCCAUCGACAACCUGCUGAAGGAGGACAUAGCCGACGAGGAGGACACGCACCUGUAGAGAUGGCCCGGGACAGAGGAGGAGGAGGUGGUGGAAGAGGAGGAGAAGAAGAAGAAGAAGAAGAAGAAGAAGAAGAAGAAGAAGAAGAAGAAGAAGAAGAAGACAAGAAAGCGACAGGACCUGGCUAGUUCCAGCCACACUAAAACAAACAAAAGAAUCUACACUUCUUGCUCCAAGUCAGCCCUUAUCUUAUAGUGCGUUCCAUUUGUACUCGGAAGUCGGAAACACCCCCCCCCCCCCAAACUCGGAUUUCCGAGUUGGGAAGUCGGGACAACCUUGCUGCCCCCCGAGGUCAAAAUCCAACAUGGCUGUCCCAUGCAUCAGCAGCAGUGUAACAUGCAGUUAUUAGCACUUCUGUCCUAUUUGUGUCUCAGUAAAUCAGUAAUACACACAGCGCUGUCUAUCUUCUAUCUGUGGACAUGUUGCUGCGCUGCCUGUAUGCACAAAACAGCGUCAUGCGUUGUUAGCUACUGGCAGGGUUCAAAAUUAGCACCGUUUACCAGCCAAAUGCUGGUGAAAUAUGCAAGUGGCUGGUAGAUUUGCAUCACUCACCAGCCAAAAAAACAAAUGGUAAUCUAUUGAGUGGCUGGAAAUAUUUGAACAUUCACUAGCCAUUUGGCUGGAAGACAAAAAAGUUAAUUUUGAAGCCUGGCUACUGGUAUUGCUAACCAUGGCUAACCUGGCUAGAGCUAACCCCCCAAUGAAAAAUCGCCAUUCCCUCUGAACGUCAUUCCCAGCUCCGGCUCCCGAGUUCCCGAGGUAAAUGGGACGCACUAUUACACUCCUGACCCUGGGAUUGUUGUCCCUGUAGCAGAGAAGACUUUUCUCACAAAAAGAUCCAUUCUAUAGAACCACCAAGACCCCCCCCCCCAUGUUAGUGCUGUCUGUCUGUUUGAUGAUAUAUAUAUAUAUUUCUACAGUAGUUUGCUAUGAAAAAGAAAUGAGGAUUUUUUAAAAAUCAAGCCGUUUGAGGAUGAAGUACGAAUUAAAUUGUACACAGUGGCCUUGGAACGUUAAACACAUCCACUAAAUCUAUCGCUGUUGUGCCUAUUCCAGUAGGUAAAUAAGUAGGGCUGGGCAAUAAUAUCGAUAUUAUAUCAAUAUCGAUAUAUGAGGCUAGAUAUCGUCUUGGAUUUUGGAUAUCGUAAUAUCCUGAUAUGCCAUAAGUGUUGUCUUUUCCUGGUUUUAAAGGCUGCAUUACAGUAGAGUGAUGUCAUGUUGUGAACACACCAGACUGUUCUAGCUGUUCUAUUAUUUGCCUUUACCCACUUACAUUACUGAUGAUUGUUCAUCAAAAUUAUCAUUGCGUAAAUGUUUUGUGAAAGCACCAAUGGUCAACCCUACAAUAUCGCCCCAAUAUCCAUAUGGAUGUAUUUGGUCAAUAAUAUCGUGAUAUUAGAUUUUUAUCCAUAUCGCCCAGCUCUAUACAUAAGUGACUUCAUACAGAGCGCAAUUCCACAUUGGUCAGUCUGAAAGCUCAGAAGGUAAUCCAAACACUAAGCGGAUUGUGCCCUUUCAUUUAAAAAAAAAAUAUGGAUGUGUACAAAAGCACCUGUAAAUAGAGUAUUUUUGGGUUAUUUUCUACAAGCGAGAAGAUGAUAUUGCAAACAGAUCACUUUGCUCUGGAGGCCUAAAAGGAAAGAGGUAACCGCAACUUCAGCUGCCUGUGCAGUUCUAGAGUUACUAACUCAGAUAUACCUAGACGACCUCAGGAUACUUCAAAGCAUCCUGGUGAUUUUCCACUAGCGUGUGUCGGCUGUGAGAGAGCGGCACUGGAGAUAAAAAAAAAAAAAAAAAAAUGUCCACAAAGGCACAUGG